AUGAACAUGUCAGCACGGCUAGUGUUUGGAAAGGGACAUCUCUCUCCCAAGCAGAUCUCCUUUGCCUUCCCUCAGACUGAUUCCCUGAGGAAAGGCAGCCGGUCCUCUGGAGGAAAGAAAAGGAUGUUCUCCUUUUCUCUCAGAUGUCGCCUGGGCAUCAUCAGAGGGAGAGAUGAAGGACCAUAUUCAAAGGGUAGCAAGGAGUCCGGGGGACCUGACCAAUCACAUUUGUCCAGGAGGCGCAGCCUUUCAGAGGAGUACCGAGGAGUGACCACGGUGGACCUGAUGAAAAGGGAAGGCAGCAGCCUCGGCCUCACCAUCUCCGGAGGGUCUGAUAAGGACGGCAAGCCCAGAGUGUCAAACCUACGGCCAGGUGGGCUAGCUGCCAGGAGCGACCAGCUGAAUGUAGGAGACUACAUCAAGUCAGUGAACGGCAUCAACCUGUCAAAGCUUCGCCAUGAUGAGAUUAUCAGCCUGCUGAAGAACAUCGGGGAGCGAGUCGUGCUGGAGGUGGAGUACGAGCUGCCUCCCUUCGUUCAGACCCCCGCAGGAGUCAUUACCAAAACCAUAGAGGUGUGUUUACACAAGGAGGGAAACAGCUUUGGGUUUGUCAUGAGAGGAGGCUUCCAUGAAGACUGGCGCAGGUCUCGUCCACUGGUGGUUACCUACGUCAGACCAGGGGGUCCUGCUGACAGAGAGGCCACUCUGAAGGCCGGGGACCGAGUAUUGAGCAUAGACGGGAUGCCUUUAAACAGAGAAAAGCACGCUGACGCUUUGACUAUGCUGAUGCAGAGCGGCCAGGAAGCUCUGUUCCUGAUUGAGUAUGACGUCUCUGUCAUGGAGGCGGUGCAGCAAGCCUCAGGCCCUCUGCUGGUGGAGAUAGUGAAGGGUCCCUCUGCCAGCCUGGGGAUCAGCCUCACCACAACAAUAUACAGGAGCAAACAAGUCAUUAUCAUCGACAAGAUAAAGGCAGCGAGUGUGGUGGAAAGGUGCGGAGCGCUGCAUGCAGGUGACAUCCUCCUGUCCAUAGAUGGGACCAGCACUGAGCACUGCUCCCUGAUGGAGGCCACGCAGCUACUUGCCAGCACCUCAGAUGUCGUCAAACUAGAGAUUCUUCCAGCGAGUCAGAGCAGACUUCCUGUCAGGCCACAGGACACAGUAAAAGUGCAGAAGAGCAACCAUCAUCACUGGGACCAAAGCAGCAACUACUGCCAUCCCCCACACGCCAGCCACAGCAAGACAUGGAGCAGCCCCAGCCACCCACACAACCAGCAAGACCACUGCAAAUCUCUGGUGAGUGGGGGCUUCUCCCCUUCCUCCACAGCCACCUCAGGCUUCAGCAGCCAGGGCAGCAACACACUGCCCUGCUCCAUCCCUCUGAUGGUUCCCAACAGCCCCCGCAGCUCGACCGGCAAGAGGAGGAACAGGAAGAAGGACCACAAGAGCUCACUGUCUCUGGCGUCCAGUUCUGUUGGCCCAGGGGGACAGAUUUUUCACGUGGAAACGAGCGAGGUCUUCCUGAGGGGGGAUCCGCUCACAGGUUUCGGGAUCCAGCUGCAGGGGGGUGUCUUUGCCACAGAAACCCUGUCUGCUCCCCCAGUCAUCCGCUUUAUUGAGCCUGACAGCCCGGCUGAGAGGUGUGGGCUGCUGCAGGUUGGAGACAGACUCUUGUCCAUCAACGGGAUCCUAACUGAAGAUGGCACUCUGGAGGAAGCUCAUCAGCUGCUCAGAGACUCGGCUCUGGCCAAUAAGGUCACGGUGGAGGUUGAGUUUGAUGUUGCAGAGUCGGUGGUUCCCAGCAGUGGCACCUUUCAUGUAAAACUACCCAAGAGGAGAGGAGUGGAGCUGGGCAUCACCAUCAGUGCAAGCAAGAAACCUGGCAAACCCCUCAUCAUCUCCGACAUCAGAAAAGGAAGUAUAGCACACAGAACAGGCACCCUGGAGCCCGGAGACAGGCUGCUGGCCAUCGACAGCGUGCGUCUGGAGAACUGCACCAUGGAGGACGCCAUGCACGUCCUUCGGCAGGCUGAGGACAUGGUCAAACUGCGGAUCCAGAAGGACGAGGACAACAUUGAUGAGUUGGAGAUGUCCGGCUCUAUAAUCUACACAGUGGAGCUGAAGAGAUACAAUGGACCACUGGGCAUCACGAUUUCUGGCACAGAGGAGCCCUUUGACCCCAUCGUCAUUUCUGGCCUCACUAAGAAAGGCCUGGCGGAGAGGACCGGGGCCAUCCAUAUAGGGGACCGAGUCCUGGCCAUCAAUGGGGUCAGUUUGAAGGGAAAGCCACUGAGCGAGGCCAUCCACCUCCUGCAGAUGGCCGGGGAGUCAGUCACCCUCAAGAUCAAAAAACAAGCAGACAAGUCUGAUGGUCGACCGCCUCCGGACAGAGAAGCUGGGUUUCUCAGUGAUCCAGAGGAUGAACUGAUGGACUCCCAUAAGAUGAGUAAACACUCUGAAGUCUAUUCUGCCACUGUUCCCAGUAUAGACUCUGCCAUGAGCUCUUGGGACAGCUCGGGGUUUGACGCAGGCUACAGCAGCCAAGGUACAUAUCUUCACAAAGCAUCUGAUAUAUUGCUCAAUCCAAAUGACUGGAGGCGCACGAAGCUCAGGAGCCACACAAGUUCAAGCUCUGCAGGUUUAGUCCACCACUCAGCGCUGUACGACGGGAGAUUCAGUGAGGAUGAGUGGGACAAGAUACCAGGAUUCAUCAGCCCCCCUCGUUGCCAUGGCACCCUAAACCAGGACGACAGUUUCUGGUCCCAGGCUCUGCAGGACCUCGAGACCUGCGGCCAAUCAGAGAUUCUCAGGGAGCUGGAGGCAUCCAUGACAGGUAGUGCGCUUAGUCUAUACCUAGAGGAGACCAAGACCAACGAAGACUUGAUGUUUCAGUCUGAAUUUAGUCCCAUUAAAAGAGAGGGAAUCAACCACACGGAGUCAAAGACUAAAAGCUGCUUGAACACAUCAACUGGAGCCAGAGAUGCAGCAGCCAGGGGCAGAGGGGACCUCUGCGACGGUUUGUCCAGUACGACUCUGGCACUGCACAAGGUGACCCUACGGAAAGACCUUGAGAGCCAUGACUUUGGUUUCAGUGUAUCUGACGGGCUCCUGGAGAAAGGGGUUUUUGUCAACAUGAUCCGUUCUGACGGCCCAGCUGAUCAGGCGGGUCUCAAGCCUUUCGACCGCAUUCUUCAGGUGAACCGUGUGAGAACCAGGGACUUGGACUGUUGUCUGACUGUGCCCCUAAUUAUGGAGGCUGGAGACAGUCUGGACUUGGUCAUUAGUAGGAAUCCACUGGCAGCAGCAGACACCGGGCUGCCUGACGACUGUGACGACCCCUCAAACUCACUGUUCUGCUUUCCCGGACACAUGACCAGCAGCAUCGCCCUGUGAUCGCAUAGAAAAAACACCAGUUCUGGGACACACACCAAACAUGUCACGCACGGUUUAGUUUGUCACAUUGUACCUCAGAGAGACCUUCACACUCAUGUUCAGCACGCUGAGCAUCCUCUCACAUGCACAAACACAAACCGCCACUCUCCACCCUCUGAAAGCAUUUGUCACUCACAAAGCUACGUGUUCACUGUUCCCUGUUUUAUGUACCAUUCAGUGGAGGCUCUGAAUCGCCCCACCUCCCUUCCUCCCCCACAACACCUUCCCUCUCCAGAGGCAAAGCCACAUGUAGUUAUAUAACAGGGGACUCAUGGCUUCUGACGGAGCCAGGAUGUCGACACACACACACACACACACACACACACACACACACACACACACACACACACACACACACACACACACGUCUCCGCUCUGGAGUGAGUCAAACGCUGCACGCACGUAGCCACUGCAUACAUUUACCUUCCUUUCCUAUAAGGGGAUUCAUGUUCUGAUUCAAAGAACAAAAAUCCAGUUGUGCAAAGUGGAUUUUUUUUCUUUGGGUUGAGCACAAAAGACUCUCAUGCAAUGUUCUAUAUGCAUAGAACACACAUGUCCACCCACCCAUAGAUGGAGGAGGGGGCUGAUGGACUGAGUUAUUUCAGCCAUGUCUUGGCUCACUGCCCUUGUUUCCAGUCUCUCCUCCACACUGCCUGCCCCACAGAGGGGACAGUGCCUCCAAAUAGACAGAAAGCUCCCAGCUACUUUCCAAGUAUCAUGAACUAUAAUUUAAAGCCCUUAUAUCUUCAUACCACAAAUGCUUUUAAAGACCCUCUAACCUUCCUGUUCCAAUUGUUUGGUUACUUUCCUUUUAAUCCACACACACAGAUUGUUUUCAGAUGCACGUUCUCCAAGUUUCUUCAUCACACCACAUUUGCAUACACAGCCUACAUUUUGAAGAGUUCACUUUCACUUUUUCACGUUUCACUUUCACUGUGAGUCUGAGGUUCUGUAUAUGGCAUUGCACCAGAAUAGUUAUUUUUUAUGGUUUGUGGUCUGUCGCUGAUUUUUCCUUAAAAGAAUCACAUCCUUUACGGAAGAGGAUGAAAUGCCUUUACAUUUUCAGUGAUGAACGAUUUCACCCUACAUCUGACUGGAUUGAUCAUCAGUGGGAUUCUAUAAGCAUGUUAAGCAUGCAUGAAUAGCUUUUCCUCAAAACAUAAAAAAAACACUGGAUUAGUCUCUGCACCAACUGGAUUUCUGUGAGAGUGCUUCCCCCUUUUUUACCAUGAAAUGGUGUUUUUAUAAAGCAUAUGUGUAACAAAUCUGGCGUGUCGAUCCAGCUGCCUCUCUGGAAAUAAAUACUAAUUUAGUAUCAUGUCUUGCCUGAUGUGAACAUGAGAGAUUGAUUGGUUUUAUUUAGAGCAGCCUCAGAGACUGGUUCAUCCUUCAAAUCUUAUUUCUGAAUCAUGUCUUUUAUUAAAUGUCUGUACUGAGGUCGAUUUUUGAGGUUUUAUAUUAAUUUUAUUUAUUGUACCCUUUUAUUUUACUGUAUAAUGUAUCAUGGUAUGCAGUGCUUUUUUAUUUUUAUUGAUCGUUCAUGCACAUACAGUGUAGUGUCUUCAUUUAAACUGUGAUACUGAAUGUGGAUGCACAUUUCUUUGGGUUGAUUUCCACAUCCUCCCCGAAUAUGUCAAGAAUCAAUUCGAAAGAACUUGAAAGAUUAAUUGGAUAUUAUUUUAUUUUUGUUAUUUAAUUUAUUAUAAACUAAGAAAUGUAUUUCUUUUUAUGGAAAUAAAAUUAUGAAACCAUAGACAGAUUUUUC